AUGGAGACUAUUCCGUGGUUCUACGAGGACGACGCGGGAUACGACCACUGGUUCGCGAUCGAGACGGUGUGCAUCGUCUUCUUCACCGCGGAGCUCGGAGGGAGGAUUUGGUCGGCGAGGGAUCGAAAGAAGUUUUCGAAGAAAUUUCUCAACUGGGUCGACCUCGUCGCCAUCCUGCCGUAUUACAUCGAGCUGUUCUCGCGCGGCGGCGCCGAGGUCCCGGGGCUCGCGGUGUUGCGCGCGAUUCGACUCGCGCGCGUGUUCCGCCUGAUGAAAGUCUCGAAGCGGUCGCUCAAGAUGUUGGGGACGACCAUGGUCAAGUCGGGGAAAUCGCUCAACGUCCUGUUCUUCUUGCUCCUCAUCUCGCUCGUCGUGUUCUCCGCGCUCAUGUACUUCGCCGAGCGCGGGAACGCGUGCGUCGCCGUCACGGAGGAGUCGCCGUUCCAGUCCAUCCCGCACUCGAUGUGGUUCAGCGCGGUGACGAUGGCGACGUUGGGGUACGGCGACGUGUAUCCGGUCACCGGGUGGGGAUUCCUCGUCGCCGCCGUGCAGAUGUUAUACGGCAUCCUCGUCGUCGCGAUGCCGGUGACGGUUGUCGGGAGCAACUUCACGCAAAUUUACAAC